UAGUAAUUGCUUUGGAAAAACAGAAAACACUAUCGACUGCUUUAUGGCAAGUUUCACCCAAAACUCUCAGGAUUUCUGAUCCAUUUUGGUUGCUUUGAAAAUACUAGUCUCCAUCUAUUGCAACUAUUUCAAGUGUUUUUCGAGGGAAACAAACAGUUUACGAUAACUUGUAUAUGUGGAUGAGAAGCUUCCGACGGAGAUUUGAAUGUUGAGAUUGUGAAAAUUUGGAAUGCAGCCGUCUUCGAUGACAAAGAGACCUUUUCGUGCUUCUACUUUGGCACCUUUCGAUGCUGAGUCUUUUGAAGUUUCUUGUGAACCAAAGCAGUUGUCUUUGACUUUUGAGUUCGACCCUAAGCAACCAAGUUUCGAAACACAGUUUGUCUAUUCUCCACAGACCAAGUCUAAACUUUAUGCUUGUUACAACUUUGAGAAGGAACGUUUUCGAUAUUUGGGUGUGGAUCAACGGUUUCGAGCAUUCGAUAAGGACAACUCUAUCCGUCUAUCGUAUUUCCUACCCAGAAACUCAUUGAGUGCAAGUUAUCACAUACAAGCUGAUGAGAAGAACAAAGUAUCCGCACACAUUUGGUUCCACGAUGUAUCAAAUCGUGGUUUAGGAAAACGAGAGGAACGGUUGGAACUACAAAGCAACUUGGAAGGUAACGACUUGUUUCGAAUCCGUUAUGACGUUCAAAAGAAGGUGACCAAUCUGAAACUGACGCAUGAACUCAACUCUCGUGUGCUGUUAGAAGGAGAAUAUUCUUAUUUUUCGAAGGAUUCUCAAGCUGCUGCCGUGUCUGUUAUUAAGCAGAUGGACAAAGACAACGUGCUAAAGGCAGGUGCAGAUUGGCGUAACCGGAAAUAUUUAUUAGAGUGGACUAGUCUUACUGGAGAUGGUCCUUGGGUAGUUAAGAGUGCCUUGGGCUUUCAACAGUCACUGCGAGACUUUGAUAUUCAGUUGAAACGUAAAGUUUCCUUUCAACUUUGAAAUCUCACAAUAAAUCUUUGAAGAUUGUCUGUUGUGUGAUAAGAAAAUGGUUUUGAUGGGUUUUCAGUUCUCGUUACUGGGAAUGAGUCGGACUUGUUUGAUGAGUUUAAACCAGGUGGGAUAUCAUCAGCAGAUUUGUUUACACACUA